CCAAGCAACCCAACCUUCAGACCAACUCCUGACAACAUGGCCUGCUGUCAGAACACCUGCUGUGGAUUUCCCAGCUGCUCCACCGGUGCGACCUGCGGCUCCAGCUGCUGCCAGCCAAGCUGCUGCCAGACCAGCUUCUGCGGAUUUCCCAGCUGCUCCACUAGUGGGACCUGCGGCUCCAGCUGCUGCCAGCCAAGCUGCUGUCAGACCAGCUGCUGCCAGCCAAGCUGCUGCCAGACCAGCUUCUGUGGAUUUCCCAGCUGCUCAACCAGUGGGACCUGCGGCUCCAGCUGCUGCCAGCCAAGCUGCUGCCAGACCAGCUGCUGCGGAACCGGCUGUGGCAUUGGUGGUAGCAUCGGCUGUGGCCAGGAGGGUGGCUGUGGAGCUGUGAGCACCCGUAUCAGGUGGUGCCGCCCAGACUGCCGUGCAGAAGGCACCUGCCUGCCCCCCUGCUGUGUGGUGAGCUGCACACCCCCAUCCUGCUGCCAGCUGCACCAUGCCCAGGCCUCCUGCUGCCGCCCAUCCUACUGUGGACAGUCCGGCUGCCGCCCAGUCUGCUGCUACUCCUGCUGUGGGCCCACCUGCUAAAAGCCAGGUUGCUGAUUUUCAACUUGAAACUUUCACUUCCAGUUGAAUUCAUGAACUAAUUAUUUCUUCAAGCACUUGUGGACCACUAACAAAUUCUUGAACUUUAAUUUGGCUUUUGUUAUGGGGGUUACCAGAUAUUUAGGCCUCAGAAUUAUCUGAUUCCUUUGUGCUCCAGAAAAGACUUCGAUCUUCUCUCUGAGGACGCCAAAAUACAAAUUGGACGCAAGAAAUGAAAAAGCCAAUUUGCAAGCACCGAAGCCCAUGCUCUGAGGCUCAGCAUUGCCAAGACCAUGGAAGAGCUGUCUGUCCUUCUCACUUCCUCUAUUCCACCACCCUGAAUUGCACUUUGUAUGAAAGAGAGAUAAUAUAACAAGGUCUAAUAAAUUAUAACUAUUGGUGCAACAAA